AUGAAGAUACUUUGUGUGGCGGAAAAACCGUCAAUAUCAAAGGCCGUCUCACAAGUAUUGAGUGGUGGUAAUAUAAGAACUCGAAAUUCGAAGAAUAAAUACAUUAAAAAUUAUGAUUUCAAAUUUGAUUUUCCUGGUUAUGGGUUAUGUGAUGUGACAAUGACCGCCGUUAUGGGCCAUAUUACAAACAUGGACUUUCCAAAUACUUUCAGUUGGGGGAAAUGUAACCCCGGAAGGCUUUUUGAUGCCCCACUAAUAGACGUUAUAUCCAAUAAAGACGUGUACAAUAAUAUAAGUAAUGAAGCGAGAUCAGCGUCUAAAUUAAUGAUAUGGACAGAUUGCGAUAGAGAGGGAGAGUUUAUAGGGCAUGAAAUAUUUUUGGCUGCAUAUCAAGGAAAUAAUUCUAUUAAAGUUGAAGAUAUAUGGCGAAGUCAAUUUUCACAUUUAGAAAGAUCGCAUGUAAUACAUGCGGCGAAGAACCCAGUUAGACUCGAUAUGAAUUCAGUUUAUGCCGUGAGUUGUAGGAUGGAGAUUGACCUACGGGUAGGGGCUAGUUUUACGAGGUUUCUUACUGAAUUAUUCAGACGUUCACAAGUGAUAAAAAUGGAAAAGGGUAGUUUCAUAUCGUAUGGAACAUGCCAAUUCCCAACUUUGGGUUUUAUUGUUGAUAGAUAUAAUAGAGUCAAAAGUUUCAUACCCGAAGACUUUUGGUAUAUAAGUGUGGUCAUAAAUAAAGGAAACCAAACGGUCCCAUUUUCUUGGACUAAACAUCACUUAUUUGAUCGGUUCUACGUCACACUAUUAUACCAAAAUUGUCUAGAGAACCCCGAAGGUAAAAUAUCAAGUCUUAUCAAGAAACCCACAAAGAAUUGGAGACCAUUGCCGUUAACAACCGUGGCGUUACAGAAAGACUGUUCUAGCUUAUUUAAAAUGAGUGCGAAGCGGGCAUUGGAUGCUGCAGAAAAACUAUACAACAAGGGUUUCCUUUCGUAUCCAAGAACUGAAACUGAUAGGUUUCCGGCAACAAUGGACUUAAAAAUUAUAAUAGAUAAACAAAAACAAGAUAGAAGAUGGGGUUCUUAUGCAUCGACGUUGUUAGACGAAAAGUUCAAGACACCGCGAGCAGGUAAUAACGACGAUAAAGCGCAUCCACCAAUUCACCCGGUAAAUUAUGUAAAUAUUGACUCGUUAGAUAAGCCAGACGAGAAAAAGGUCUAUGAAUACGUGGUUAGGAGGUAUUUGGCGUGUUGUUCAGAUGACGCAAAGGGUGAGCAAACCACCGCAACAUUACAAUGGGGUAAUGAAACAUUCACGGCUAGUGGACUAACCGUCAUUGAAAGAAAUUAUUUGGACAUUUACCCAUAUCGUUCGUGGGAAUCUACGAGACAAUUACCUCCGUUCACAGAUGGGGAAGUAAUUAGAAUUUCAAAGAGCGAAAUGAAAGAGGGCAGAACUGCUGCCCCCCAACAUAUGACCGAACCAGAAUUAAUUGCUUUAAUGGAUGCUAAUGGUAUAGGCACUGAUGCGACCAUUGCAGAACACAUUGAUAAAGUCCUUACCAGAGGGUACAUAGUCAAGAUACGACAAUCGACCACAGAAUAUAUCAUCCCAUCAGAGCUCGGCAUGGGACUUAUUGAAGGGUUUAGCAAAAUGGAAUUUGAAAACAUAUCACUCUCUAAGCCAUUCUUAAGAAAAAAGCUAGAGAAUUCGCUUCAAGAAAUUGUCGAUGGUAGGCGUUCCAAACAAAAUGUUUUACAAGAAAUUGUUCAACUAUACAAACAAGCAUAUGGCCUUAGUGUUCAAAAUGGGAACACCCUUGUCCAAGCAUGCCAGCAGAUUAUCAAUGCUAAUAGCCAAAGUGAUCAAAAUAGGUAG